AUGAGGCACAAUUAACGCAUCAAUUAGCGCCUUCCUUUCUGAAACCGAAUCCCAUACUGACCGUGCUGCAACCCUCGGCCACCACUGCUACCACCGCCACGCUAUCUUUGCCGCACACGACCGCCAAAAAGACGCUACCACCGUCAAACUAUCUCUUCCGCACACGACCGCCAAGAGGACGAUGACCACCCGAAAUAUAUCCAUCUCCAUGUAAAUACCUGUUCCAUGUCAGUUUAUUUUAUUCCAUAGUCCAAACCACCCAAGAACACCAAAAAUCAAAAAACACCCCGAUGAAGGAACCAACGAAUCCCCAAUGGAACGACCUGGAUCCCUUCAUCUUGUCCAAAAUAUUUUCUCAUCUGAACCUCGAAAACCAGCUUCGUGGCCCUCCAUUCGUGUGUCAUUCGGUGGCUCUCCGCCUCACUACACACUGUUUUCAACCACCCGAAUCUUGAUCUUCGCUCAUUACAAAGCCUCGACGAUGAUGAUCAGCAACAACUCACAAGAUACACUCACCUUAUCAAACUAGCCAUCAAGCACAAAAAUCACAGGGAGAUCAGGAAGGGGGUGUGUAUGUCCCGAAAGAAUACAAAAUCUGGGAAAAAAGAACGAGAGGAAGGAGAGAUUGAGAGAGAGGGGGAGAGAAGUUUACAGUAGCUAUCAACAUUAGGGAUUUUGGUUUUGGUGUUGUUUGAAACGUUGGGUUUUUUAUUUUGUAGUAUUUAAUAUGUGUAUGUCAUUGAUUAUAAUAGGUGUCUGUUAAUUACUAUGAUUGGCUUAUGGCCAAGCCAAAAGAGCAGUGGUCAAGGUGUGGAUUCAGGACAAAUACUUGCAGUGAUAUGUUUGUCAACAAUCACUGUGAAGUAUUUAAUAAAAGUAUUAGACAAUUUAGGGACCUUCCAAUCGUAACAAUGUUUAGAGAAAUUCAUAAGGCAGUGAUGAAUACAGGCCAGGAAGGAUAAAAUGUUGAACAUGGAUAUAAUUAUCUGUCCAAGUGCACAAAAAAAACUAAACAAGUACUAGUUUGAUAUAAAUGAUUAACAUGGAUUUUAAGUAUAUGGUCAACUUAUUAAUUUUUUUUCAGGGCAUUACAUUUUGCUGGGAAUUGUGUGGUGACUUGGUCUGGCGGAACCUCUUAUAGUGUAAUAACAGCAGAUGGAGGGCAUGAGCUAGUUGUUGAUUUGAGCAAGAAAAGUUGUAGCUGCAGGAAAUGAGAUCUCACAGGAAUCCCUUGUUAUCAUGCUGCAGCAUGCAUAGCCAUGAAAUCAGACCCAUGGGAUAUUCAUAUAAGCAAUUGGUUUAAGAAAGAAAUGUAUAUAAAGCUGUACAGUUAUACUCUAGAACCUAUUGUGGGUCCAGAAUUUUGGGAUGAUGUAUCUGAACCAAUGCCUUUGCCCCCCAGUGUUAAGGUCCCAACCGGCACACCAAAGAAAAAAAGAUGUAAGAGGAAUGAUAUACCACAAGAUCCUACGAAACUCAAAAGGGGAGGUGGGCCUAUAAGAUGCGGCCACUGUAAAGCAACUACACAUAAUGCAAGAGCAUGUCAAGCUAAAAGAAGUGAUGCCAUGGCAAAAGCAGUUGCUGAAGGUAGAGAUCCAACAUCUGCAAUUUCAAAGACACCAAUAAAGUGCAAAUUAUGUGGAGGGACUGGACAUAAUUCAAGAACUUGUUCACCGAAGAAAUCUAAAGACUCGGCCGCAACUAGAAGAGCUACCACAGCCUCACCUCCAAGGUUUAAAAGAACUGUAAGGAAGAAGAGUAUCUCUGUUUCCGAAGCUACUGCAAGAAAGAAGUUUAUCCCCGUCUCCAAUGCAAAUGCAAGGACAUACAUUCCUGAAGCUACAGGAUCCACUUCAACACGGACUUCAACUUCAAAUUUGUAGUGUAAGAGGAAGCCUGUGACAACAUUUAGGCAAAUGAUCGCUGCAAGAAAGACUCCAAAAAACACAGCACCAUAAUCUCUAGUUUUAUCUCCUAUUUUGACCACUUUUUAUGUGGAACUUUGGAAAGAAUUAUCACCGAUCUAAUCAGUAUUAUGCCUUUUGGAUAAGUAGUAUCUUUGAAUUGAUUAUUCUUUUUGGAUGGAUUAUGUAACUUUUAAAGUAAUUUAUGUAAUGUUGAAG